UCUCUCUUUCUCUCUCUCUCUCUCUGCACACACACAACAACACAACACAAAACUCACCUAAAUAAAAAGGAGAGAUUUUCUCUGGCCACCCUCUUCUUCCCCUCUCUCUCUCUCUCUCUGUGCAAAAACAAGGAAAAAAGAUAAAAACGACACUGACGACACUAUGGCUGCUGCUGCUACUGACGACGACGGCUGGGUCAACCUGGCCAUGAACGACGAGGCGGCGGUCGUCGACGUUCUUCUCCUCCUCAGGCACGCCGAGCCGCCGCGGCCGUCCAAGACCAGCCGUGACCUUCCGUCUCUGCGGUGGAGCGUUAGGCAGCGCCGCUCCAAGAACGUGCCACGUCAUCACCAUGCCAGCGACCUCGUCGUCGUUGAGGGUAAGGAUAAGAAGAAGGGCGAGUCGAGCGCCGCCAGAGCCAGCCCCACCACGCCGCUCUCCUGGAGCGGCGCCACUUCGGUCAGCGGCGGCGCCCUCGACGGCUCCGAAGAGUCCAGCAGGCCCCCCAAGCCGACCGAUGCCGCGAGAUCUAAGGUUGCUGUUAGAAGUGAAGCAGCCAUCUUCAAGAGACCAAGAAAGAAGAAGACGCUUGCUGAACUAAAAGAGGAGGAGAGUUUUCUGUUGAAGGAAAGACGAAACUUGAAAAAUCAACUGGCAACACUACGCCUCACUGUUGAAAAACAGAGGGCCACAAAUGAAAGCUUGAGAAAAAUAAAGCUUGAUUUGCAGUUGCCCCUGACAACGAUGAAAGCUACAACUUCUAUUGUGCCUGGUGAAUCCAUUUCGUACCAACUUGAGCAAGUAAAUGCAGUUGGUGUCCCUACAAAAAUCAUGCCAACAAUUGUUCAUUGCAGUAAUCUUGGCGCUUCCCAAAGCUCCUGUCCACCAAAUGUUUCUUGCAAGGUAGAAGAGGCUGGGAGCCAGGAUGCUGCCUUUUCGCUACCUGAUUUAAAUCUACCCUUUGGAGACGACCCUAGCUCCGAGGUUUUAUACCGAACGAGCUGAGCAGAUUCAAACGUAUACAAAAAUUCAGUUUCUCUAAUUAUGCGGCAUAAAGAUCAUCAGCGGUAUUUAGCUGAAUAAGAUUUAACUCCUUGAUCCUAAGUUCCUAACUGUAUUUUAGGUUGACAGACUGAAAGUGUAAGUAUAAAAGAACGAGUUACCUUGACCGCUUCUGGAAGUGAAUGCGGACGUUAAUUUGUUUUUUCAUACACGAAAGAACUGAGGGUAGUGUAGAGAUCCUAACCCUUUAGUUAUGAUACAUUCUUCCCGUGUUCAGGUUUCUAUGUUUGUCUGAAGUUCUUUGGGAAACCCUCAUCCUUUUUCAUCUUUUAGUUUAUUAAAAAUAUAUUGAACUGUUGA